CGCGCGCGCAUCGCGGAUCGCGGAUCGCGGAGCAUGCGCUUUCCGGCGCCGACGCCGCUGGGCAACGCGGACCCCGAGUGGCAGCCCCCGAGGAACGAGGUGGAGCUGGAGGCCUACAAUGGGGGCUCCAGGAAAUGCGUGUGGGCCAUGAUGCUGGUCUCCAUCCUCUUGAUUUUGCACGUGCAAAGGGACCGGUACAUCGAGGCGCUGCGGUGGCACGGCGGGGUCCAAGACCACGGCCCCGCGCUGCCCUGGGAGCUGAAACCCAUCGUCUUGGCCAACGACACCUUUGAGGCCACCUUCCUGGCGCCCUCGCUGCGCCGGGCCUCCAGCUUCGUGAAGCUGGACCAGGCGCCCCUGGCGGUCAAUGGCAUGGCGGCCAUCUUUGCGAAUUCCACCAGGACCCGGCAGACCACCAACGCCUCCGCGGUGGUGGUGGGCUCUUCCAGACUCCAGGCCUGUCAGGACGCCGACUCCGAUGGCGCUGCGCCAUGCGCGCUGGUGGUGCAGCGGGGCGCGGACGGGUGCCAGAGACUGGCAGCGCCAGAUGGCGCGUACGUGAGCAGCGCCCUGUGCGUGAGGUCCCAGGUCUUCGCUGCCAUGGCCACAGGAUCCUCGGAGCUGGUGGUUGCCUGGGACCCCCGCGGCAAAGGCGGUGCCAGCGGACGACCCUUCUCGUGCCUGGCGCGGGUCAGCUUCCCGAGCAUGUCCCUCUUAGGGAGCCUCUCCGUGGACCUCGUCUCCAGCGUGAUCUACGACCACAGCACCGGGUCCAUCCUCACCUUGGGCUUCAGCGGGUCGCAGACCAUCGUGGUGGACCAGUACUCUGCGACCCUGAAGCCGCAGCUUAGAUACUCCAUCCCCAUCUCGGUGGCAUGGCUCCUGCACGCCCCGAAGAUGUCGGAUGGGUAUCUCCUCUUCCUCGGCUCUGAGGCUCCCUUCGUGGGAAGCAUCUUUGCAGUGGAUCUGCAGCGACAGCAGAUCUACCAGCAGGACCCGCCCACGAAUUCACAGAGUCAGAGGCCCCGCAGAUGGGUCCUGCCCUUCAGCAAGUUCGUGGAGCGCUUGCCCGGGAAUCCCCUGACUUCCCAUGAAGGCCUCAGCCCGGGCUGCUCCCUGGACGCAGGCCUUGCUGGUGGUGCCUAGCGACAUCGCUCACUCCUGCUGAAACUUUGCCAGAGGGCAAGAGAGGGGAC